ACGGCACGGAACGAGAGUGGGUGAGAAGAGUCUCUCUAAAAUACGAAAACCUCCAAAACUGAAUCAUUGCUUCACCGCCAUUCCUCCAAAUUCUUAAAUCUCGCUUGCUCGAGGGGCCGGGGUUCGGUGUUUGGAUCUGAGAAAUGGAAGUUGAAGACGAUCACAGAAGAAAAGAGCUACUCGUUCUUGUGGUAAUCGUUGUACUUGCUUCCCUCUCUCUCGUUUCAUUGCUCGUCGCUUUCAGCUAUUACUGCUAUAUCAGCCACAAGGUCUCCAAGCGCCUCAAGAUCCGCAAAAGGGUUGAUCUUGAGGACGAAGGUAGUUUUGAAAAUGUUGAAAAAAAUUCCACUGAGAAAGGCCUCCAAUUGUUCACCUUCAAGCAGCUAUACUCAGCGACCGGUGGUUUCAGCAAGUCAAAUGUGGUUGGGCAUGGUAGCUUUGGGUGUGUAUAUCGGGGAGUCCUUAACGAUGGGCGAAAGGUUGCGAUUAAGCUUAUGGAUCAAGCAGGGAAGCAGGGAGAGGAGGAAUUUAAAGUGGAGGUGGACUUGUUAAGUCGGCUUCAUUCGCCAUAUUUGUUGGCAUUGCUUGGGUAUUGCUCAGAUAACAAUCAUAAAGUGCUGGUAUACGAGUUCAUGGUGAAUGGCGGUCUGCAAGAACAUUUAUACCCUGUUAGGAGAUCAAAUUCCGUCAGCGUUAAGUUGGACUGGGAAACACGGCUGAGAGUUUCUCUGGAAGCUGCCAAAGGUUUGGAGUAUUUACAUGAACAUGUAAGCCACCCUGUAAUUCAUAGGGAUUUCAAGAGCAGCAAUGUCCUGCUGGACAAAGAUCUUCAUGCUAAGGUUUCUGAUUUUGGAUUGGCAAAGAUCGGCUCAGAUAAAGCCGGUGGUCACGUCUCCACUCGAGUAUUGGGGACACAAGGAUAUGUUGCCCCUGAGUAUGCUCUAACAGGGCAUUUAACAACUAAGUCAGAUGUGUAUAGUUAUGGGGUUGUCCUCUUGGAGCUGCUCACAGGCAGAGUGCCAGUUGAUAUAAAGAGAGCUCCUGGGGAAGCUUCCCUUGUUUCUUGGGCUCUGCCGAGGCUGACUGAUAGGGAGGGAGUGAUGCAUAUAAUGGACCCUGCAUUGGAGGGUCGGUACUCCAUGAAGGACGUUGUUCAAGUAGCCGCAAUCGCAGCAAUGUGUGUUCAACCAGAGGCGGAUUACAGGCCGCUGAUGGUCGACGUUGUCCAGUCACUGGUUCCCCUGGUGAGAAGUUACCGGACAACUUCAAAGAUCGGUAGCAGUUCGAGUUCCAGCGCUUCCAAGUCGCCUACAGCGCACGACAAGGCUAGUUCAAGAGAUUGAUAAAAGAACAGGUCGUCUCUCGAUGAUUGCCUCUUGUUAUCUACUAUAGAUUUUAGACCAGUUUGAGCUGUUGUAAGAAGUUCUUGUUCAUAUGCCAACUGUUCAUUAUCUUGUUGGUGUCAAUUGAUUCCCCAGUAGUUUUUGUGAUGUAAUUAACGUUUUGAAAAUGGGGAAGGGCUGUAAGUAACGUUAUAUAAGACCACCAAAAUAAACCUAAAUACAAAUAAUAUGGUUUUUUUCCCUCUUUUU